CAACUCACUCUAAGCUCAUCUGGGCGUUUUCCUUUUUAAUUCACAUUCUUCACUUUCUUUGCUUCCUUUCACCUUUCUCAAAUGGCCACCGUUGAGGUUGAUUCAGCCCCUGUAGUACUGCCAGCGGCAGAGGAGCCGGCAGUGGUCGUACCAGAGGAAAAGGCUGUAGAAGAGGCAGUAGCUGUAGCUGAAGAGCCUGCACAAGAACCAAAGGGAGAAGCUGUGGAGGUUGAAUCAACCCCCGUAGAAUCGCCGGAGCCUGAUGUAGCUGCAGUGCCAGAACCUGAGGAAAAGGGUGUAGAAGAGACAGUAGAUGUAGCUGAAGGGUCUGUAGAAGAGGAAGCUGCCAGUGAAGCAGAGGCAGUGGACCCGGCAGCGGUGGCUGAGGUAGAGGAGAAAGAGGCGGAAAAGAAGGAGGAGGUAGCAGCAGAGGAAGAGGUGCAGGUGGAGAAAGAGGAGGGUGAGGCUGCAGAAGGGAAAGAGGAAGCUGGAGCACCAGCAGAGGAAUGAAUGAAUGAAUGAAGCAAAUUCGGUUGAAUGGUUUAUUUGUUGUCUCAGUGUGAGGCAAACUGAUGAGGGUUGGGAGAUAGAAUGGGUAUUAUGUUGUGUUUCACAGUCGCUACCUUUGGUUUGUUCUUUACCUUUCAAUAAAAACAUAUUUUACUUCGUUCUAAA